GUUCAUAGGUUUCAAAGCUGUUUAAAUUCUAUUGAGCAGAGCAGUGGCGGCUAGUAGUAGGUUAGUUACAAGUAACCAGUGCUUCGUAAUUUGUGCCACUUGCUCAUAGUAAUGCGUGUGUUUGUUUGCUGGAACAAAUAUGUUUUGCGUAGAAUGAGCCGUACAUAUGCACGUUUUUUGGAUUAAUUAAUACCCGCGGGAGCAUUGGCAGAAACAUUGAAACACAACCAUGGCACGCAGUCCUGAAGCAGGUAGCAGAGGCUACAUCUUGAACGGAGUAUUUUCAUUUUUCGUUGCAGUAACGUUAGGCAAAGGAUCAUUAGCUGAUAUGUUACAAUGUUAUAAGUGCUCCGUAACUAUAGAAAAGUAUGUCAUAGAGAACCGAACAAUUACAACCCCAUUGUGCUCGAAAUUUGAGGAGAACGCAGGUUACACGACGCACUGUCCAUAUUCAACAAUGUGUUUGAAAACAAUCUCUAUUUUACACUUGCAAAAUGGUCAAAAGCAAGAAGCUGUGACAAGAGGAUGCGCCCAACAAAAGAAUACCACUCAGAUAUUCCGCAAUAAGCAAUGGGAACAGGAGCACCUGGUCCAGGAAGUGUACGAUGAGGGGUGCACAGAAGUAAAGGACAAUCACUUGGCGGGGUCAGCAAAAAUAAAUUGUUACUGCCGCGGAGAGCUGUGCAAUUCAUCAAGUCUGCCUAGCAUUGACCCAAAUAUUAUGAUCCUAAUUGUUUUGCUUCGAACCUUGUGGCUCAUGCUUUCUCGGAGUACCUAAUCCUGCCGACUGAAAUAACAUACAUACGGGAAAUCAUAUUUUAGAUUAGAUUAAAGUGCUUAAUUGUGAUAAUUGAUUACAUGUGCAAAUUUAGCAUACGAGUAAAUGACGCAUAGUUAGUUAAAAGUAUAGAGAUAUUCAUGAAAAUUGGUUCAAUUAAAUACUGUACAACAACGAA